AUGGUUCACAUUACCAACUUUUUAUCUUUGUCAGUAUUGGCUACAUUUUUCUUGGCUUCUUUGGUUGAAUCCGCUAAAAUGGAUUGUGGACCUGCAACUCAAAGCACCAACAUUACUUCUUCUGAAAAAAAAAUUAAAUACAUAGUUUCAUUAAAAUCUAACGAAGAUGAACACAAACUAUGGUUAAAGGAAUGUGCGGGCACUAAGAUGUCAUAUGAUCUUACUGUUAAAGGUACAGAUAUGAAAGGUUAUAUUGCCAGCUUCACAGAGUCAUUUGCAACCAAAAUACUUUCUAAACGUAGUGAAGUCAAAUAUGUUGAAAAAGAUGCUCCUGUGUCCAUAAGGUAUGCCGUUCCAAACAACCUUUUCAAAAGGGCAAAAAAAGCAACUAAACUAGUAAAUCUGGAUCGUAUUGAUUCAGCAAAAUUCGUCUUGGAUGGGGAGUACACUUUCCCUGAUGCUGCAGGCAAAGGUGUAAAUGUUUUUGUUGUAGACACUGGUAUUGAUCCAAAUCAUCAAGACUUGAAAGGUCGUGUUACAGAUGGCGGUAGUUUCUGUGAUGGAUGUGUGAAAGGCAAUGAUCCUAAUGGUCACGGUACUCAUGUUAGUGGUACAGCCUGUGGAAAAACCUUUGGUGUUGCACCUAAAUGUAGUCUUAUUGCUAUCCAAGUGCUUGACGCUAAGGGUGCUGGUAGUAAUACUGGGGUGAUUGCUGGUUUAAGUUCUGUUCUUGACCAACACACGAAGGGUAAAAACAAAAAUUCAAUAGCCAGCAUGUCAUUAGGUGGUAGUUUUUCUCAAGCUGUCAAUGAUGCCGUCAAGUCGUUAACCACUGCUGGUGUUCAUGUAGUAGUAGCUGCUGGUAAUGAGGGUGCUGACGCAUGUAAAGAUUCACCCUCCAGUGAAAAAACAGCUCUAACUGUUGGUGCUACUGAUUCUACGGGCGCUGUAAAGAAAGAAGAUGUAAUUGCUAGUUUCUCAAAUGUUGGAAAAUGUGUAGAUCUCUUUGCACCAGGUGUUAAUAUUCAAUCCGCUAAAGCAGGCACUGCAAAUGGAAUAGCUAUCUUUGAUGGAACUUCACAAGCAACUCCACAUGUUACUGGUACUGUUGCUUUAAUUAUUUCUCAAAGCGGUAACAAAUCCCCCGCUGAAAUGGCCAAAGCAGUUAUUGAUUUAUCAACAAAGGGUGUAAUUGGUGGUAAUCUUAAAGGCUCUCCAGAUAACUUUCUUAGAGUUCCAGCACCAUAA